AUGUUUCAACGAAUUUGGUGGGUAAAGCACUGGAUCACGAUCAACCAGCUAUACACAGUGCCUACGAGAGGCUAUGCAAGUGGAACAGAUGCCCCUGGCCGAUGUUCGCCUAAGGUUGAUGCCAGGUGUUACGGCGGAAAUUCUUCAACAGAACCCUAUAUUGUUGCCCAUCACCAGCUUCUUGCUCAUGCCAAAGUCGUCGAUCUUUACAGGACGAAAUAUAAGUUCCAAAAAGGGAAGAUUGGACCUGUGAUGAUAACUAGAUGGUUUCUUCCAUUUGAUGAGACUGAUCCUGCUACCGUAGAAGCAGCUGAGAGGAUGAACCAAUUCUUCCAUGGAUGGUACAUGGAGCCGCUAACAAAGGGUAGAUAUCCAGAUAUCAUGAGGCAGAUUGUGGGUAGUCGGCUUCCCAAAUUCACCAAAGAUGAAGCCCAGCUCGUUGCCGGUUCAUACGAUUUUCUUGGUCUCAACUAUUAUUCCUCUCAGUACGCUCAGCCAAAACAUAACACAUAUCCUUCAGAGAAACACACUGCCAUGAUGGACGCAGGCGUAGAGCUCACAUGUACUACUCUGUUUCCGUUUAAAAAUGGUAACAGCUAUUACUACCCAAAAGGAAUUUAUUAUGUUAUGGAUUAUUUCAAAACCAAAUAUGGCAACCCCUUAAUCUAUGUCACCGAGAACGGAUUCAGUACCCCCGGUACAGAAACCUCUGAGCAGGCCAUUGACGAUGACAAGCGAACUGAUUAUCUCUGCAGUCAUUUAUGUUUUCUCCGUAAGGUCAUCAAAGAGAAGGGUGUCAACCUGAAAGGAUAUUUUGCAUGGGCGCUUGGAGAUAAUUAUGAAUUUGGUAAAGGUUUUACUGUCAGAUAUGGACUCACUUACGUUAAUUGGGACGAUCUCAAUGACAGAAUGAUCAAAAAUUCUGGCAAAUGGUACCAGAGAUUUAUUAACGGGACCGCCAAGAACCAUGUGAAACAAGAUUUCCUCCGCUCAAGCCUCUCUUCCCAAAGUCAGAAGAAGAGCCUCGCUGAUGCAUGA